AUGAACACCACCGAAGAACUUCAAACUCUUCUCCUCACGACACUCGAGGAAAAAGGAUCUGUUUCGAACACAAAAGAGCUUAUUACUCCCGAUGGCAAGGAGGUGGAUCAACAAGCGCUGCUUGGCGCAUUGAAGAGUCUGAGCUUGGCCGAUAAAGAGAUGGUUCAAUACGAACCUAUUGAAGAAGAAAUCUGGGUGCUGACUGACGAAGGCGAGGAAAUCGCAGAUAAGGGAAGCCACGAGGCCAAAGUUUUCGAUGCCAUCCCCGUUGGGGAAGAAGGGAUAUCAAUUCAAGAUUUGCAGAACCUUUUAGGUGAAUCAGCAAAAAUCGGUCAAGGAAAAGCCUUCAAGAAUAAAUGGAUCAAUAAAAAUGGGAACAAUCUCAUUCGUGUUGUUGACUCCAUUGUAGAUCAGACGCGAAUAGAUCUCGAAAUCAUUAGGUCGACCGGCACACAUUCGGAUCAUAAAGUAUUAUCCGAAUUGAAAAAGAGAAAGCUCUGUGAUAAACAAAAGAAGGUCUCCUACUCUGUCACGAAGGGGUCACAAUUCUCAUUAACAAUAGAGAAACAAGCUCGUGACAUAACAUUCGAGAUGCUUCAAAGCGGUGAAUGGCAAGACGCGAAAUUUAAAAAAUACAAUUUUGACGCUCUCGAUCCCGCGACUUGUACGCAAUUUCCCGAAGAAUAUCUUGAACGCGUCAAAGAGGUUCACUCGGUUGGGGGAUACGGGUCUAUUGGAUAUGGAUAUGAUUGGAAAAUCGAGGAGGCACAAAAAAUGAUCUUGAGAACCCACACCACCGCGGUUUCAUCCACUAUGUUGUAUGAUCUUGCUCAGCAAAAAGAAUUCAGACCGGUGAAAUAUUUUUCCAUAGACCGCGUUUUCAGAAAUGAGACAGUGGAUGCUACACAUCUGGCAGAGUUUCAUCAAGUUGAGGGUGUAAUUGCUGAUAAGGGAUUGACGCUAGGCGAUUUGAUUGGAGUGAAGAACCUUCGGUUCAAACCAGCUUAUAAUCCAUACACCGAGCCGAGCAUGGAAAUUUUCUCUUAUCAUCCCGGUUUGGGUAAGUGGGUAGAAGUAGGUAAUUCCGGUAUGUUCCGUCCGGAGAUGUUGGAACCGAUGGGUUUCGGGCCAGAAGUACGGGUCAUUGCGUGGGGGUUAAGUUUAGAACGACCGACCAUGAUAAAAUACGGAAUUGACAAUAUUCGUGAGGUGAGCGCCACACCUUUGGAAUGUUUUCAUCUGUAA